AUGAAAGAAGAGAAAAACCGUCCUCCACAAGAGCCCAAGGAGCUCCAGCAGGCCCAGCACGGUGCCCAGGAGUCCCAGCAGGCCCAGCAGGGAGCUCAGGAGUCGUUGCAGCCCCACUUGGCCGUGGGACUGCCGCUGAGCCUGUCGCAAGCGUCUGGCUCCACCCCCACCAAUCCACUCAAUGCUCCCAUCCCAGGCACUCCGCAGUCCCACUCGUCUGGGCUGAAUUCUGGCGAGCAAGAGCUCACUUCGCCAUCCAAAUCGAUCCGCAACUUCUUUCGUAACCGUGCAUCGGCAUACUCCAUUGAAAGCAUCAGCGAAGAGCCAGAACUUGCUCGCAACAAGGCCAAGAAGAACUCGUUCAUUUCGUUGGGCAGCGAGUUGGCUCCGUCACGUUCGCCAGCCAAGUCCAUCUCGGGUGGAAUCAACUCGUUGAUCCAGCUCAAGUUCGCCAAAUCGCGUUCUUCCAUCACUUCUUCUGCCUCAGUUCCUCCAGACCCCAAUACUCCAGAUAAACCCACCACUAUCGACGAUUUCGCCGACACUUCGUCGUCGGAGCUGUCAAAGCAAGAUGGCUACGACUCGGAGUCCAUAAACUCCAUUCUCGACGAGUACGAGGCCCGCGAGUCCAAGGCAUUCACUCCUGAACAGACGACCCCAACCCCCCACAAUUUCGUGUUUCGUGAAGAGUUCGACGAGUCGGACUCCACCAAGGCCUCGUUGCAGAAACGGAGCUCUGUCAAGACAAUCGAGUCCAUUGGAUCUGCCGCAAAUAUUCUCCAUCCCAGACCACCUCCCUUGACAUCAGUGGCUAGUUUCAACAGACCCAGACCAUCUAUCGACGUGGCCCUUUCCAACUCGUAUUCCGACAGCAUUCCCACCCCAACCAGCGGAAAAAGAACAUCUGGCUCGUCCUCGAACGACAGCUACCUCAUGAGUGCUCCCAACAGCGCAACCAGUGCGAAGUUCAGGUUCCACAACGAUAAAAUCGAGCCCAUCAUGAGAACCAACGACCCUCGCAGAGUCAAAGAUAGAGCCAAGGUCAUCAGUGCAUCUUCGAACGUCGACGUCAACCGUUCCUCUUUAAUGACAAACAUGUCGGACCCAGACAUAGACGUCAAAUACCCCGAGCCAGACGUCACUCCCAGCCAGACCCCGUUGAGAAGACCCCAAAAGACAAACACAGACAGCAACCCAGGGUCCUCGGACUCCAACCCUCCUCACUCCAUCCAGAGCGAUCCCAUCGAGUUCCAGGACUCUCCAGAAACCCAGGGAAGUAAUGCCGUGAAAAAGGACGAGCACAGGCUUUCCGAGGUCAGGUUUGCUGACGAUACUGGUGAAGAAGUGGCUGAAGUCGACGAAACCGCAUUAAAAGAGAACACAACAGCUUACAGACUGCUGUUAAUCAAUUCCGACGAAACAGCACUCAAGAAUAGCUCCACCAUGAGCGACGACACGAAGAGGGAGACGUUCCGGUCCUCAUUGUCCUCAGGUGAGCUUUUGAACACCUUGGAGAAUUACUACGACAAGAAGCCUGGAAACGCUUCUGGAAGCGGCAGUAGUGUGAACCAGCUUGCCAACAAGAGCUUCGCACCCCAAGCGUCGUCCACCUUGAGAUACAGUCUGGAUUACCCUAGAGGAGAGAUCGCCAACCUCACUGCUGGACUUGAUUCUAACACGGAAUUGCCAGUGAUGUUGUACAAGGUCCAAGACAAGGACUACGACGAAGGAAACCAGAGAUGGUCUGUGUAUGAGCACAAGAGGGCUUCUGAUAACCAGCAGCAUAAACCCCAGAAAAGCAGCGACAGCGACAGCGACCACGGCCUGGCAAAGUUUCCCCCAUCUGCACCCCAAAAGUUGUAUGCUACUGGGGGAAGAUCAGACAGUGCACAGACCUUCAAGAGUGCUUUCUCACAAUUUCCUAUGACCACCUCCAACUUGCCACCUGUUCCUGUUCCAUCCAUCCCCAGGUCGGGAUCUAACCAGGACUACAUUGACCAGAACUUCAACGCACACAUAGGCGAUUUCAGAAGAGACCGUCCUAGAUCGGUUUCCAACAAACCGUCCCUUGGUUCGUUGAGGUCUCCAGCACCUCCUCCUCCUGCCAAGAUGAGAGACCAACCCGAAAGAAUCUUUGGAGACAAGGAGGAUGGUUCGUCUUCCAAGUCCUCCAAGGACUCGUUUGAUUUGGACGAAAUAGAGAAGCAGAUUCAAGACAUCCAUCAGCAAGAACCACAUCAAAAACACUCGCAUUACCUGGUCGGAUACUUCGUCGCCAUGAUGGUAUUGGGCCUAAUCGUUCCCCCAAUAUACUUCUUGGUGUCGCUAGGGGUGUUCGAUAGCACCAACACCACUCAGCAAUAUUACCCGGGCCUUGCUAACGGACGAGGACUGGUCAAACGGUUUUCAAAGACUCAAAAACUCGUCAGUUUGGCAUUGGGAAUAUUCUGGUUUGUGGUGGUGUUAGCGAUGAUCGGAAUCGGGAUCGGACUUGGAGUUACCCGAGAGAGUUGA